GCACCAGCACCAUGGCAACCCUGGGGAGAACGAUCCUGGCGUACAGGAAUUACCUGAUCGUACUGCUGACACCUAUAGUGCUUCUCCCUCUCCCGCUGGUCAUUCCUACCAAGGAGGCACGAUGCGGCUACGUCAUCAUCCUGAUGGCCCUGUUCUGGUGCACAGAAGCGUUGCCGCUGGCUGUCACGGCCCUCUUCCCCGUCUUGCUGUUCCCGCUAAUGGACAUCAUGGAUUCGACCCAAGUCUGCAUGGAGUAUCUGAAGGACACCAACAUGCUCUUCAUCGGGGGGCUGAUGGUGGCGAUCGCGGUGGAGCACUGGAAUCUGCACAAGCGCAUCGCCCUGCGGGUCUUGCUGAUCAUCGGGGUUAGGCCUGCCCUGCUGCUCAUGGGCUUCAUGGUUGUCACUGCCUUCCUCUCCAUGUGGAUCAGCAACACAGCCACCACAGCCAUGAUGGUGCCCAUCGCACAAGCAGUACUGGAUCAGCUGCACAAGUCAGAAGUGGAGGCAGGCCCAAUUCAGCACACGUCUGAGAGCAUCAAUAAAGCCUUUGAGCUGCAGGAGGGGUCAGAAAAGUCAGAGGCCUCCAAAGAGAAACAAGGUAACGGGCACGUGCUGACAGUGGAGGACGAUCAGCGGCUGCGAGAGGAGGAGGAGCGGCUGCGAGAGGAGAAGCACCUGAAAAACUGCAAGGGAAUGUCCCUCUCCGUUUGUUACGCGUCCAGCAUUGGCGGGAUUGCAACCCUGACGGGGACCACCCCCAACCUGGUGAUGAAAGGACAGGUGGACGAGCUCUUCCCUGAAAAUGGCAACAUCGUGAACUUCGCCUCCUGGUUCACCUUCGCUUUCCCGACCAUGCUCCUGCUGCUGCUUCUCUCCUGGAUUUGGCUCCAGAUACUCUUCCUGGGGUUUAACUUUGCAAAGAAUUUUGGUUGCACCUCAAACGCCUCUGAGAAGACAAAGGAGCGAAUGGCUUACACCGUGAUCAAGGAGGAGCACAAGAACUUGGGCUCCAUGAAAUUCUCCGAAAUCGCCGUCUUGUUCCUCUUCGUAGCGCUGGUGCUGCUCUGGUUUACCAGAGACCCUGGUUUCAUGCCAGGCUGGGCGACUUAUACCUUCACCAAGGAUGGCAAAAGUUAUGUCACGGAUGCAACAGUGGUCAUCUUCAUUUCGCUUUUGAUGUUCAUAAUCCCUUCGGAGGUUCCCAGCUGCUUCUCUCGGGCUAAUGCUGGGCAUGCCGAAGAAAACGGUAGCCCACGGCAGGUCCGAGUGCCUCCGCCUCUCCUGCAGUGGAAGACCAUCAAUGAGAAGAUGGCCUGGAACAUCGUGAUUCUGCUAGGAGGCGGCUUUGCUCUGGCCAAAGGCAGCGAGGAGUCUGGUUUGUCUCUGUGGUUGGGAAACCAGCUGACCCCUUUGCAGAACAUCCCACCCGCAGCCAUUGCUUUGCUGUUGUGCCUCCUGGUUGCCACUUUCACUGAAUGCACCAGUAACGUGGCUACCACCACCCUGUUCCUUCCCAUUCUGGCGUCGAUGGCUCAAGCCAUCUGCCUCCAUCCUCUCUACGUUAUGCUUCCCUGCACGCUGUCCUCGUCCCUCGCGUUCAUGCUGCCGGUGGCUACCCCGCCCAACGCGAUCGUCUUCUCCUACGGCCAGCUCAAGGUUCUGGACAUGGCCAAGGCUGGAUUCAUGCUCAACAUACUGGGGGUUCUCACCAUCACCCUGUCCAUCAACACCUGGGGCUACUCCUUGUUCCAGCUCCACACCUUCCCGGCCUGGGCAAACAGCACGUUAGCGACUUGCCACUAACACGGAGAAACAGGGCAACCAACAGCUGCCGGGGAGGCCACCCCCAUCUACGCAAGCUUUGCCGAGCCGGUAGAAAAAUGAGACAGGCCACAUCUGUGGAAGCAGACACGUCAUUUAGAAGCAAACUCACCCAAACAAGAACUGCCACGGAGUCACCUGACUGUUCUGCAGCACGCAGGGGAAGGGUUACACCAGCCGUGAGAUGUAGCCCGGCACCGUGCAACCCCUGCGCUCGCUCAUCUCUAGAGACCUGAUGGGAAAUGCCCCCUCCCCUCCCCUCCCCUCCCCCCUGCCCAUCUAUCUGCUCUUGACUUCACCUGCAAAAUCCAGCACUGAGUGAGCAAAGAAAGAGGAGCAAGCGCGACAGGAUCGUUUGUGCAAGAGAGAGGAAUGGUACCUGGUGUGUGUGUGUGUGUGUGUGUGUGCACACGUGCACAUGCAUGCACAUGCCCUUGAGAUGAACUGUAUGGCCCCGUGUGUGCACACAGCUCCAUGCGCGCCUGGGCGUGCGUGUGCGCUCUACCCGCUGGCACGCUAAAAGCAUGCCGUUCAGCAAUUAGGGAUGGAUCAGAGCUCUGUCCAGCCCCCGCUGUUGCUGUGUAAUUUAUUUAUUGACCGUUCUGUAGCUGAGGUUCGGAGCAGCUUCUGGGAGCAGGCGGCUGGUUUCAGUCCUGCGGCCGUCGAUAGGCGUCUUGAGCUCUGAAGGCCACAGCUGGAAUAGUCGUGUUCUCCUGAGGGGGGGAAAGUUUUCUUUCCUCAAUGUCAGUUGAAUUAAAGGACUUU